CGCAUUCAGACCUUCUCUCGCCAAUUCACGUACGAAACGAGAUCCCGUCGUCCUUUUCCGCUGCGGACAUCAUCGAGAUGUAUAACUUCAGAUCAAAGAUCCGCAAGCCUAAUGGCGAGAGGCCAAAUGAUAUCGAAUACAGUCUAAUGCAGGCUUUAUUUGAUUUGGAGACGAAUAGUGACCUUAAACUACAGCUUAGAGAACUCCAUAUUAUUGCUGCAAGAGAGGUUGAAGUUGCUGGUAAAAAGGCUAUUGUUAUUUUUGUGCCGUAUAUUCUUUUGAAAAACUUUCAAAAAAUCCAAACUCGUCUUGUAAGAGAAUUGGAAAAGAAAUACAGCGGCAAGCAUGUCGUCUUUGUAGCCCAGAGAAAAAUCUUGGCUCAGCCACAGAGAAACUGUAAACAAAAGAACCGAGGUAAAAAACAGAAAUUACAGAGAUCUCGACUUCGAACUUUAACUAAAGUACAUGAGGAUCUAUUAGAUGAUAUAUGUUAUCCAGCUGAAAUCGUUGGUAAAAGGAUUCGAGUGAAGUUAGACGGUUCUCGACUAAUCAAGGUUCAUUUAGAUAAAACACAACAAACUAAUAUUGAACACAAAGUUGACACAUUCACAGCUGUGUAUAAAACAUUAACUGGUAAAGAUGUGAAAUUUGAAUUCCCAGAUUAUGGUUUGUAAAAGUGAAAAUAAAGAGAAAUAAAGGGAAUCAAAACCUA